AUCUUUUUAUUUCUCCAACGUCCAUCUCAUGUGCCACUUCCUUCUUUAUGUCCUCUCUCAUCACUCCAACUGAAAAUAUUCUUUCCUUUUUCAAGUUUUCCUCUGCUACUUUGUCUAGAUUUUUUCUUUGUCCCAAUCACAUUCUUUCUUACAUUAUAUUUACUUCUAUAACAAUUAUGAACACCCUCUGUCCUUCCCCCCACUAGAUUGGGAGGUGAACUUUGAGUUUUCAUGAUCUAAUAGGUUCUUUUAAAAUGUUUGCUGAAUUUGAAUAGGUAUUUAUAGGUUCAACCAAAUCAUCCUAGUCUUGAGAGUUCUGAGCAUAACAAUCUCACCCCACUCUAAUCUAUCCUCCAUUUAGCUGGGAAAGUGAUUUUUCUAAAGCACAAGUCUGAUAAUGGCUCCCUGUGACCUGCAAGAUGAAAUAUAACACUCAGUUUGGUGUUUAAACCCUUUCACAACCUGACCCCUCCUCCUUUUCAAUCUUUUUACUCCUCUUUCUCUGCCGACCAGCAACAUUGGUCUUCUUGCUACAUCUCAGGAGAGGUAUUAUUCCAUCUUCAGCCCUUUGACUUUGCUGUGGGUAGUCUACCUUGCCUGAACUGUUCUGUGUUCUUCUUUAAGUCUCAGCUCAAUUCUACCUUUUCUUGGAGACCUUCCUCGUUUGCCUUCCUCCCCUGAUUCUAAUGCCUUUCCUCUGAGAUUAUCUCCAAUUGACAUAAUAUAUAUCUUGUAUGUACAUACACGUUGCUUUCCCCAUUAGAAUGUGAUCUUCGCUGUGCCUGGCACAUAUAUAAUAACUGCUUAAUAAAUUCUUAUUGACCAAAGGACUGACUUUAAAAUUUCCAAAGUUUUAUAUGCAUCAUUUCUUUUAUGUCUCCCAAUAACCCUCUCUGAUAUAGCGAAGGGAUCACGAUGCCCAUUUUACAGAUGAGGAAAAGUGAGACACAUGAAAAUAUAACAAUAAUUAUUAUAAUACCUAAGCUUUUAAAAGUGUCUACUGUGUUAGGCACUUUACAAACAUCUCAAAACCCUGCUUUAUGGAUGAGGAAAUUGAGGCAAACAGGUCACAGCCAGUAAAUGUCUGAGGCUUCAUUUGAAUUCAGGUCUUCACCUAAGCCCAGUGUUGUAUCCACUACUUUUCAACCCCAGCCCUCCAGAAGCCAAAAGCAGCAUCUAUCCCCUCUGCUAGAUCGUGAUUCCUUACAGGGAAAGAGGGCUGAAUCAGCGAUUCAGGCACCAAAACGGGACUGACUAGGGGGAAGGGAAAGCAAGGGGAUUAAAGAAAGUCUCCUUCCCCAGACGCUAGGGGUCGUACAUUCACAACUCGCCCCUCCCCAUUGGUCUCUUUCUCAAUUCUCGCGAGAGAGAAGCGGGAGCGAAGCCAGUUUCCUCUAAAAUGGCGGCCCUGGAAGAGGACUUUACGCUGGGUGGUCUCGUGCCGGGCGCCGGUCUCGAUGGCCUUCUUGGUGUCGAGCAAGGACAGAAAGCUGACCUGUUCCUGGUCACUGACCGCGGAAGGACCGUCAUCCUCUACAAGGUUUCAGAUCAGAAACCAUUGGGGUGCUGGUCAGUUAAACAAGGUCAGACUAUAACAUGUCCAGCUGUAUGCAACUUUCAGACUGGUGAAUAUGUUGUUGUCCAUGAUGAUAAGGUUUUGAGAAUAUGGAAGAAUGAAGAUGUGAAUUUGGAUAAAGUGUUCAAAGCCACCCUGUCUGCUGAUGUAUAUAGAAUACAUUCAAUACAAAAUACUGAACCACUUGUCUUGUUCAGAGAAGGUGCUGUUCGAAGUCUAGAUGCUUUGCUUGCAGAACCCCAACAAAAAAUUGAAACUGUAAUUUCAGAUGAAGAAGUUAUUAAAUGGACAAAACUUUUCUUGGAUUCUAAUCAGCCUAUUUUAAUAUUUGUUACAGAAAAGCAUGGAAAUUAUUUUGUGUAUGUGCAAGUGUUUAACCCACAUAAUUUAUGCAAAUAUGCUCUUUUACCUGGAGAAGAAGAACCAGUUACAUUGAAUUUUGCUGCUUCUGUGAAUGAAAGAUUAAUCACUUUACUAUGUUUGAGUUGUAAUGGGUGUAUAUAUGAAACCCUGAUACCAUUAAAUCAGGGUAAACCUGAAGAGAAGAAAAUACUGGCCACAUCUCUCUUACUCAAGACUUAUAUAUCUGGAAAUGUUCUAAGGGGUGUUUCAUUUGCCAUUCUUGAUAAGGAUCAUGUAGCAGUAAUGGGAACUUCACUCAAAGCUCCUAAAGAAAGUAUCUCUAUUUGGAAUAUAAAAUUCCAGACAUUACAAACUUCAAAGGAAUUACCACAAGGGACGAGUGGUCAACUUUGGUGUUAUGGGGGGAAAUUGUUUAUGCUGCAUGGAAAAUUUUUGACUGUGAUCCCAUUUAAAUGUGAAAUAUCAUCAUUAGCAGCUGCUCUGGGAAAACUCAAGCAUAUUCAAGCUCCAGGUACCCAAGUUGUGUCCCGUUUUGUAAACUGGGGAACAUUUCAAGGAGAUGGAGUUGAAUCACAAGAUUCAAAUAACUUAGCACCUCUUAAAGGACAGUCAAAGAGAAAUUUAAGGACAAGAAGAAAUGAAACCAAGUCUCAGCUGGAGGAUUCAAAGAACAGAGUAUUUUUAUCAGAUAUAAAGGAUAUAUCUGAAAAACACCUUGAACAACAGUUGAAUAAGUUUUUGGCUGAUAAACGGACACCUGACUUUCAAAUUACUGUUGGACAUAUAGUAACAGAACUGGUGGGAAGGUGUAAAGCAGAACCAACAUUUUAUCCUCAGAGUAGUCUGGUACAACUCAUCCAAACUCAAGUACUUUCUUACAGUUUGUGUCCGGACUUGAUGACAGUUGCCUUGGAAAAGAGAGAUGUGCAUUUGUUACAGCUCUGUCUACAGCAGUUUCCUGACAUUCCUGAAUCAAUUACCUGUGCUUGCUUAAAGGUUUUCCUAAGUAUUGGCGAUGACAGCCUUGAAGGGACAAAUGUGAAUAUGGAGUCAGUUAUUGGUUACAUUGACUUUCCCCAGAAUGGAAAAAUGGGAAAAACAGAAAUUGUUCAAAAUGGUUUCAGUCCAGUACUUUUAGAAGAGGAUAAUUUUGAUGGCAAGUUAAAUAAACUGGAUGAUACGAUGAAUACUGCUUUAACAUGUCCUGUGAGUCCCCCAAAAGCAGCUUUACUAAAUGCAAUUCUCCAUUCAGCAUAUAGUGAAACGUUUCUUUUGCCUAAUUUGAAAGACCUCACUGUGCAACAUGUUAUUCUUUUUCUCCAGUAUUUGCAUUUCCUUUAUGAGAAAUGUAGUGAAAACGCUAGUAUGACUCUUCCUGGACCCUGUCCUCCAACUCUGAACCAGAUUAUGGAUUGGAUCUGUCUACUGCUAGAUGCUCAUUUUACAGUUGUUGUGAUGAUUCCAGAAGCAAAAGGAAUAUUGGCAAGUCUUUAUAAGUUUGUGAAAGCCCAGGUGUGGGUUUAUUCAGAACUCAACAAAAUUGAAGGAAGUUUACAGCAACUACAAAAAUUGCACCAGCAAAGAAAUAUGGGAUUGUAUUCCAUUGAAGUGCUUGAACUCAUUUGAGAUUAGUAUCCAUUAUGUAGAGAGACUUUUUAUGAAGACUUUUUCUUUAGUGGAACUCUACUCCUACUUAUCCAGCUAACCAGAAGAAUUUGGUGCGUGACUUUGUUUUGAUGUCAAUUCAAGUUUCAAAUAUAGAAGACAUCAGACCUGAAUUACUUCUCACUUGAAAAGAGAUAUGAGUUUCAGACUGAACUAUUCUAAUUUUAUAGAUGCUUGUUGAAUGUGGAGAGGCAUGUUCUGGGAGUAACUUAAAAGGAUAACUUGGUUGAUUUUAAGUAAGCUUAUUUGUGUAUGUAUAAAAAUCUAAUUUCUUACAAAAA